UUAUUCUUUUUUAUCAUCCUCUUCCCUUCCUUCAAUCCCUUAGCAUCCAUGAACCAUCUCAUUCAAGAAACCUGCAAGAAAAGUUCAGACACUGAUCCAAACAUAAGCCUUAACUUCUGCAUAUCUUCUUUAGAAGCAGAUCCCAGCAGCCACAGCAUGAGAUUAAGCCUCACUAAACUUGGUCUCAUCUCCAUGAAUCUAACCAGAAACAACGUCACAGAAACUAGGGUUUACAUUAAACACCUCUUGAAGAAGAAGAAGAUAGAUCGGUAUAUCAUAGAAUGCUUAAAAGAUUGCCUGGAACUGUAUUCAGAUGCCAUCACAACUGUUGAAGAAGCCAUUGGAGAUUACAGGAGAAAGCGUUAUGUAGAUUCGAACGCCAAGGUUAGUUCAGUUCUUGAUGCGUCUUCCACCUGUGAAGAUGGCUUCAAGGAAAAUAGCAGACGAGUGGUUUCGCCAUUAACGAAGAGAAACAAUCAUACCUUUCAGUUGUCCGCCAUAGCUCUCUCCAUCACUGACAUGGUCCGAGAAUGAAAUUCAAGAGCAAGCUCGUUGAUCUAUACCUGUAUAUAUAGGUAUCUAUGUAUGUAUGGUUAGUAACUCGCCAAGAUGUUUAUUUGACCACACUCAAACCAUGCAUAUCUAUUAUAUUGCAGUAAUUUUCAAUAGUAUAGGAUUUUCUCUUGUUGCUAUGCAGGAUCGAGUAGAACUAGAAAUUAUAAUUGCUCUUGGUUCA